ACCGUGAAGGGAUGUAGAAAACCGAACCGUCUGCACAGUCUGAACCGAAUCUGAAAUCUUUUUUAAUUUCUUUUCUUUUUCAUGUCGUUAGUUGGAAACUUUAAAAUGCCUUCAAAAUCAGAAGAUAUAGUCGGCGAAACAUGGGAUUACUGCCUGGCAGAUUCUCUCAUCAAAUUUGGUUCUGGGCUAGCUGUAGGCUCUGUUUUGUCAUUAGUAAUGUUUAAAAGAAAGAAAUGGCCUAUCAUAUUUGGAGCUGGUGCAGGUUUUGGAAUGGGAUUAGCAAAUUGUCAGCAUGCAUUUCGUGACCCUCAUUUAAUGAAGAUGCAAAGUUAUAAGCUAAAACAGAAGGAAGCACACAGUGAAAAACAGUCUUAAAUUGUUAUUGUGUAGUUUUAACAAUUAAAUGUAUAGGUAUAUGAAUUGUAAUAAAUUAUGUGUGUAUGUUUCGGCUUGUUGUUUUGUCUUUUGAAAAUGCCUUUAUUAAAAUAAUUAUGAAAAUGAA